UUUUAAUUUUAUUUCACACCUCAUCUAUUUUACAUGUCAACAAUUAAUCAAACAUUUCAAGUUUGACUACCAAAAUACCUCACAAAAAUCAACGAUGACAGCAUUAUCGGAUAAUCAUUUGGAAUACUAAAUUAAUUCUUCAUGCCACUAAUUUGGCAUACUUCAUAAGUAAAACCAAUUUGAACACACUCGACAGACACGUCCGGUCGGGUACUCCUACGUAACUAGCAUUUUAAAUCUAAGUUUUACCUUGCAAAAUUAGUACGCCAUAAUCAUGUCCUCACAUGCGACAAGAUAUUUUGGCAACCAUCUAAUAUAACUAUGACAUGUUUAUGCUUCGAUCAAGAUAAUCGUCGCGAUUAAUAUAUCUAUUCAAUCCAUUAAUAAAAAUAGUUAACUAAAGAACGGUUACCGAUUCAACUAGAAUUCCAAGCCAACGUUGACGAUUCUUGUUCAGGCCUUCUGUCGAGCUCCUGGCAAGCGCCCUGUGAGUUCCACUUCUUCACUCAAACUUCUAAAAUUGCAGCGGUGAUCGAAGACGAGCACGUAGAGGCAGAGUUGGAGCGAACACGAUGACAGCAAGGUUGCUGCUAUCCGAAACACGGAUCCGGCGACGAAGAACCAAAGUUGUCGACGAUGGGGUCCCUGACGAGCGUUGCUUUCGAACUUCAUUUUUAUCUUGAACCAUAGCUCUAUUCUCACUCCCACACACACGCAGGCGAGGCAACCACAAAAGGAACUUGACGACGAUGGCAGACACAAAUAUAGACAUGAUGCCAGGGCGUCGAGUAAUGCCCAGCAAUCACGACAAAGCUGACUGCGAGUAGGAUAACGAUGCGGUACUGAGUGGCGCGCGAGCAGAGAGGCACAAGAGCUAGCGAGUUCGGACGGCUGGAGCAGAGUAAAUUUGAGGGCCAGGCGAGACGGGCAGCGUGACGAUGCCGACCACAACGAGCACGACGUCCGGGGCACAGCAGGGGACGACGGAAGGGAGAGCGACACAGGGGCGAGCUGGAUAUCGACGGUGUUGGGGUUCUGCGACAAGGCAAGGUCGAGCACAUAGAGCGACUAGCUACGGAUCUAGAGCAGGCCGAGCGAAGCUCGUGGCUGCGCGCAGGGAAAACCAGGAGAGCGCGCGGCGGGGCGAGCGCAGGGAAUAGGAGGAGCGGCCGAGCCGGGCAGCUGUGGCCAGGGUGAGCAGGAACACAUGCGAGAGGUCGAGACCGAGCAGAGAGAGCAGCCUGGCAGCGUGGCGGCCCGCGUCCGCAACAAGCGGGCUGGGCACCAAGCAGGAACUGAGCGGUCGCAGAGGAGAAACGACGGUGAGCAGAGAGCUUCGCGUGUGCAGGAAGCUGGGAGCUUGGGCAAGACCGAGCAGAGGGCACAUCUACACGCGCAAGCAGGGAGAAGGGCACCGUGGCAAGCGCAGGGGAGCAGCGCGGUCAGCCAUGGAAGCAGGGGCAAGCCAGGAGCUGGGAGGGAGAUGGGGCUGGGCGCGCACGACCACCAAAGCGCGGUGCAGGGAGGCCGAGCGGCACAUCAUCACGGCCGGGACAAUGGUGCCAUGUAUGGAGUCUACAGGGGCACCAUGGCCAGCAGGGAGAUGGGCACCAAGCACCGGAGAUGGAGGAAUGGGUGGGGAAGGGGCUCGGCUGGGAGAUCCGGCCAGGUGCGGCUGUGAGAAGCUCGAGGCACGCCAUGGGAGCCGCGCGGUCUGCCGAGUAGGGAGCCGGCGCGCAGGGAGCUCCGAGCAGAGGGACGCAGUCAUGGUGGACGGAUCGGCGCCAUGGGCAAGAGAGCACAGAGCAGAAGGAGCUCCGGCAAGGAGAGAGUCGAGGGGAAGACGAGGAGCUGGGACGGUCAGUUUCGUCACGCGCGCCUCCGCAGCCUGCACGCGCUAGUCUCCGCGGCCGACUGCGCCCGCGCGGCCAACCCGACGGCAAAAGCGAGCUAGAGCAGAAGGGGCGCGACGAAGGAGGCUCGGUACGAAAGAACUCCGAGGAGGGGCAAGCUCGCGCGGCAGGGAGGAGCUGGGGGGUCGCGACGAGCAGAGAGGGUGAGAGCGAAGGGGCGGCUGGGCAGCUUGAGGAGGAGAAGAGGGUCUGGGCGCGUAGAAGACGAGCACGGCUGGGAAAAAUCAGGCGAGGGGCGGCGGGAUCUUUUUCCCUGAGCGGCGGCCGGAUAAAGACGAGGGAACGGCGGUGGCUGAAAAAAAAUCGAGAGAGAGAACGGCUGAAGAUAUUCCUUUUUUUAAAUUUCUUCCCUUUUUACCGAAAAUCACAGAUAUUUUUGAAUC